AUGUCAGGUCCUAUGGAAGGAAUCGCGGCAUCCAAGCCACCCAUCGUCCAGUCGAUCCUCAAAGAUGACCACCUGCCGGUUGUCAUAGCUCGCGGAAGUAGAAAACUGCAUGGGGUGAGCGACUCCGCUCGGCACUGUCGGCUGCCGAGUCGUCUGAUCCACGAAGAGGAUCAAGAUUGUUACGGCAAGAAAGCCAAUGAGUUUGUUGCUGCAAACGAUUUCCAUAUUCUCGAAAAUCAGACCGUCACGACGCCGGACCCCAGCCUGAAAUUUCACUACACUGAAGCAGAUUGCGCAAGAAGCAUCGAGGCACACAUCAAUGACCCGGUCAUGAAGACCAUCGUUGCAGGCUACCAGAGCAACAGAGAGACCAAAUUCUUCGACAUAAUCUCCCAAACCCAGAAUUCCACCACAACGGUGAUCACUGGUGCUGAGCGUAUCCAGCCAUCCGACACGCCUGGCAAGAUCACGCUUAUCCCGGAUUGGAAUGCCGAGUGUCGACUCACUCAGGAAGACGGCACAGUAAAGACUUCUGCCCUCGUUAUGGAAUACAAAAAUCGGAACCUACUCCCUUGCAAAGACUUCGAGGAAGAGGCGAGAUUGGGUGACAGCGAGGAGUACCUCGAAAUUGCCACGCAGGCUUUGGUCAUGCACCCUUUCAUCCAAAGCCCGGAUGAUAUGCCCGACUCCUCAUCCAACCCUUGGGAUGAGUACAUGGCGGACGAUCGCGAAGAGGAAGGAACCUUUUCCGAUGAAAUAUCCGAAGGGGACGUCGAAGAAGUACUCGAACCGGCUUUAAGAGAGGCAUCCACAGAUGCACCGGAGGGCACGUCGGUUGAGCCCCCCCAAACAACCGUCCUCGGCUUGCCGCCUCCUAGCCGCUUCAAAAAGCUGGUCAAAGCUUGUCUCACACAGGCAAGUUCCUACGCCCAACUAAAAAGGGCUCGCCGGGUCAUUAUGAAUUGUUGGAACGCAAUUAUCAUCCUUCAUUUCCGCGAUAUGGACAUGAAGGAAACCGCAAUCGAGCAGCUUCGCGCAGGCCCCGGCCAAACAUGCUCUAUUGUCAUCAAGAAAAAAAACCCCAAGGAGUUUCCCCGUCAGGUUCUGGGCGCCUAG